AUCCUCAUCAUUAUUCAUCCUCGCAUCCAAUCUAAUCGAGGGAAUUCCAAUAACCUAGGCAAAAUUAACCCCAGUGGGGAGUUGCGGUUGAUGGCUCCGAGGAAGAGGACGAGCUCGGGAGGCAAGAAAUCAAGCCAUCACAAUCACGAGCCGCUGCAGCCAUCUCAGCCCUCCAAAUUUGGGAUCCAACACUUCUUCGAGCGCCACUCGCAGACCCAGAAAACCCUCUCUCAAAACAGCUCAAAGAGAGAUGACGAUCGUCCGCCAAACCCCAUUUUAAGACAUGCCGCUGCUACCAACCAAAACCCUCAGAUUGCCCCUAAGCCCAUUAUGAGUCCGAAGCUGGGGAGUGAUUUGGAUCAUGCGGAAGUGGGAGCUGAGAAAACAGGGGGCAUGUCCAAUUUAAUGAAGAUUGAGUCAAUGGGAAAAUAUUUGAGGGGUGUAACUCCUGGAGUUAAUGCAGUGAAUUUGACUAAAAUUGAUGCGCAUAGUGGUGUUUCCCGAAAUGCUGAGUGCAGAGGUGAUGUGCUUGUCCCGGGUUGUGUUGAUAUGGGUUGCGGAAAUCCUGGGAAUGCUUUUAAUGUUAGGGUUAUGGAUUUAAAAAAUGUCAAAAAGGGGGGGAAUUUCCGGGAAGUUGAGGCGUCUAGUCCUUCUCAGGAUACUCCAGUAGAGAAUGUAUUGCCUGUGGUGAUUGACAAUGAAGAGAAUCAACUGGAGGUAUCACCGGAGGCUUCCAAGUCCUCUGUUAAGCGCUUCAAGUUCUCACCUGGAAUGUUAAUCAAGCAGAGCCAAGAUGAUGUAAUUGAGGAGGUGACAUGGAAAAUUUCUCCAGUAAAUGAGAGGCUUCACGCAAUGUCUAAGCAUUUACCAGGGAGGAUGAGGGUACUGGCAGAUUCUACAAGGAUUAACUCGAUGGAUUUUCAGCAAUGUUUACAGCAGAAGGUGCAAACUUCUGCUGGCAUGUCGGGAAAGCUUGAAAGAUGGCUUGCUUCGCCUCCAAUGAAAGCAGAAAAUAAGUCUUUGAUAUGCUCUGAUGGGGUGGCCUCGAGAAAGGUUAACUCGAUUCAUGAUUUAAAUGGUCAUGGAAACCACAGAAAUAUAAAAAGCAAUGAUAAGUUUGAAGUGCCAAAUACUCAAAGCCCAUUCAGUACCCCGCCGUCUCUGUCUUGUUGCCAUGACAAGGCGCUUGAUCAUGUGCAUUCUAAUGGAGUCCCUGAUCAACUGGGUUCAAGACAACACAAAAAGGCUUUAAUCGAACUAUUAGAUCAAGUAGAAGAUGUAAUCUCCGGUGAACAUUCUAUAUGUAAAGACAAUAAAGAAUUAUUAGAUGCUGAAAGACGCCCCACAGCUGAUCAUGUUGUAAACUGCUUGACAACCAAUUCAGAAGAAAAAGCAUGUAUUGAAGACUCUAGGUUCAGUUUUCUUGUGUUGGAGGUUUCGGAAAAGCUUGGACCUACUGAAUCAUCAGGUCCUCAGUCAUGCUGCAAGGUGCUGCGCUUAUUGAAUGAACAAACUGGUGAUGAACGGGCCUUGCAAUUGUGGGAUGAAUGGUACUUUACUGUUGUUGCUCCAGGAGAUACAGUUCAUGUGAUUGGUGAAUUUGAUGCCAGUGGGAAAUGUGAUGUGAAUCAUGAGGAAAAUUUUCUCAUCGUCCACCCAGAUAUUCUGGUGUCUGGUACUCGGGUUUCUGCUAGUUUCAGCUGCCCAAGGCGCACCAUCCUAGAUGAGAGGUUGAAACAUAGUGAGCAUUCAGCUGCAGCAUUGAUGGGCACCUUAUUGCAUCAGAUAUUUCAGGCUGGCCUAAUCAGUGAAUUCCCUACAAAAGAAUUCUUGGAGGAAUAUGCCAGAACUGUUCUUCAGAAAAGUCUAGAUAGCAUUUAUGCAUGUGGAGCUAAUGAAAAAGAUAUUUGGAAGACUUUGACUGAGGCGAUCCCAAAAAUAUUGAAUUGGAUAUCCUCCUUCCGAGAUUCUCAGGGUUUUAAAGGUCCAAGCAUUGAUUUUAAUUGUGAAGAAGGACUGAAGGAGAUCAAAAUUUCUGAGGUAAUCGACAUCGAAGAAAUGGCUUGGGCUCCAAAGUAUGGACUGAAAGGGAUGAUUGAUGCUUCUGUGCGAGUAAGAACUAAUACAAGCUCUGCAGAAGCGGGAGAAAUGAUUAUGCCUCUAGAGUUCAAGACUGGGAAGGGAACGAGUGGACAGACUGCUAUGGAGCAUAGUGCACAAGUUAUGUUAUAUACUCUCCUGAUGUCCGAGCGGUACACGAUGAAUAUUAAAUAUGGUCUUCUGUAUUAUCUUCAAACAGACCAAACACAGGGAAUUGCUGUAAGAAGAUCGGACUUAAUUGGGCUUAUCAUGCGCCGUAAUGACCUUGCAAAUGAUCUCCUUAAGGCAUCAACUACUCAGCAAUUGCCACCUAUGUUACAAAGUCCAAAUAUGUGCAAAAGUUGUCGCCACCUCAGUGUUUGUACUAUUUACCACAAGACGUAUGGCGGAAAUAAGGAAGGAAGUGGACUGGGUGAUGUGUAUGACUCACUUGUUUCCCAUUUGACAACCACACACACUGUUUUUCUCAAGAAAUGGGAGAGAUUGAUCGAUCUGGAGGCUAAACACUUGGAGGUUGCGAAGAAAGAAAGCUGGUGCUCACAGAAUUCAAAGAAUGACCAUAACCCCGUUUGCCUGUCAUCUCUGAUUCUCGAUGCUUCAGAUAAAUUAUCCCAGAAAAAAAUUUGCAGGGGCAACCGAUUUGUUUACCGCUUCGUGCAUCAAGAACUUCCUUUGCUUGAUACAGAUAAACCAAAUGGAGAUUCUUUGAGUUCUUCCUCUUUCUCAGAGUAUAUGUUCAGGAAUGGGGACUAUGUGAUACUAAGCAAAGAACCUGGUAAUCUACGAGUUGCUAAUGGGGUCAUUGUGGAUAUUGGUGACUCACAUGUGUCUGUAUCUUUCGGAAAGCGGUUAAGGCUUCCAGGGCAUGGUCCUGGUUCAAUGCCAGAACAUCUCCAUCAGCAAUCAUGGCGGAUUGACAAAGAUGAAGUCAUGGCAUCAUUUGCAAUCAUGAGGUAUAAUCUUAUUCAGCUGUUUCUGCAAAAUGAAUAUAGUUCUCAUUUGAGGAAGAUGGUUGUUGAUCUUGAGAUGCCUAGAUUUGACAGCGGCUGCAUAUUUAGUCAAGAUCCUGCUAUUUCGUACAUCUGGGCUGAAAAAAGUUUGAAUGAUGAUCAGAGAAGAGCGAUUCUAAAGAUACUAACCGCAAAGGACUAUGCUCUUAUUCUUGGAAUGCCUGGGACGGGCAAAACAUCCACCAUGGUACAUGCUGUGAAGGCAUUAUUGAUGAGAGGUGCAUCCAUUUUGCUUACAUCCUACACAAACUCAGCUGUUGACAAUUUACUACUCAAACUGAAAACCCAGGGCAUAGAUUUUAUAAGAAUCGGCAGAUAUGAGGCUGUGCAUGAGGAUAUUCAAGAAAAUUGCUUAUCAGUAACGGAUAUGGAUAGCACGCAAGAUAUUAAGGAAAAGCUGGAUAAGAUCAAUGUUGUUGCCGUAACUUGCUUGGGAAUUACUAGUCCAUUGCUUACUAAUAAGAGAUUUGACAUAUGCAUCAUGGAUGAAGCAGGACAAAUAACACUACCAGUCUGUUUGGGACCAUUAAUGUUUGCAUCAAAAUUUGUUCUCGUCGGGGAUCAUUAUCAAUUACCUCCACUUGUCCAGAGUCCAGAGGCUAAGGAGAAUGGAAUGAGUGCGAGCCUUUUUUGCAGGCUCUCAGAAGCACAUCCACAGGCAAUUGCAGCUCUACAUUGCCAGUACCGAAUGUGCGCAGCCAUAAUGGAACUCUCAAAUGCUUUGAUAUAUGGAAAUAGGUUGCGCUGUGGUUCUACUGAAAUAGAGAAUGCAAAACUCAAGUACAGAUCUUCAACAUCUGCACCUGCAUGGCUGAUGGAGGUUCUGAACCCAAACAAACCUGUGAUAUUUAUCAACACAGAUUUGUUGCCUGCAUAUGAGACUAAUGAUCGUAAAGCUUUAAACAAUCCUAUUGAGGCACAUAUUAUUGCAGAGGUCACUAAAGCUCUGGUACUUAGAGGCAUUGAAAGACAAGAUGUUGGCAUCAUUACACCAUAUAAUUCUCAGGCUAAUCUUAUCCGAGGAGCUGUCUCUGAACCUGUGGAGAUACAUACUAUAGACAAAUAUCAGGGAAGGGAUAAAGACUGCAUAUUAGUUUCCUUUGUGAGGUCAAGUGAAAAUCCAAGGAAUAACACAUCUUCAUUGCUCGGAGAUUGGCACAGAAUUAACGUUGCCCUCACACGCGCCAAGAAAAAGUUGAUCAUGGUGGGGUCUUGCGGAACUCUUUCAAGAGUGCCAUUGCUGAAGCUUCUCAUCGAGAAGGUAGAAGAGCUUUCUGGCAUAUUGGUUGUCUCCAAGAAAGAUAUCAAUUACAAACUUGAGCUGAGGAGAUGCUCCAACUUAAGAUGAGCAUUUUACUGCCCAAUUUUUAUGUAGUCGGUGUAUCUUCCAAUUUUGUAAAAACAUUAAUGUAGUAAUAAAUUCCCUUUUACUAA